GAUCCAACGCAUGCGCAAAUCGCCUUCCGCCACUUGUGGAAUCAUAUGACAGGACAUGCGCACCAUCGACUCUCAGUCCAUAUCAAUGAAUUUCAGAAAUUGCAAAGAUCACAUACGGAUAACCUGAAGAAGGAGAUUUUUUUCCUACUUGGGAAGCGUGGCAGCCUCAGAGUGUAGAGCUUGGUGUGACAGGAGGAACCUCCAACUUUGACAGCAGCAAAAUGGCAGACAUGUCAGUGGAAGAGAUCACCAUGAGGGCCAACCAAGUGACCGAUGAGUCCUUGGAGAGCACCAGGCGGAUGCUACAGAUGGCUGAGGAGAGCAGGCAGACUGGUGUCAAUACCAUUGAAAUGCUGGACCAACAGGGGGAGCAACUGAAGCGUACGGAGGAGGGUAUGGACCAGAUCAACCAGGAUAUGAGACAGGCUGAGAAGAACCUGACUGACCUGUCCAAGUGCUGUGGCCUCUGUGUCUGCCCCUGUGACAGGGUAACGUCCAUAGAGCAUGACUCUAAGUACAAGCGUACCUGGGGAAUUGGUGAUGGUGGCAGUGCAGGUGGAGGAGAGGGAGUGGACAGCUCUGUGGUGUCCACUCAACCGGCAGGGAUCCGUAAUGGACAGGCCAACCAGCAGCAGUCCAUGGGGGGACCUUACGUCAAGAGGAUAACCAACGAUGCUCGGGAGGAUGAGAUGGAGGAGAAUCUGGACCAGGUGGGCAGCAUCAUAGGCAACCUGAAGAACAUGGCCAUGGACAUGGGCUCUGAGAUAGACAAGCAGAACAAACAUAUCGACCGCAUCACAGAUAAGGCGGACAUGAACAAAGCGCGUAUCGACGAAGCCAACCAGCGAGCUAACAAGCUCAUCAAGUAGACCUACCUGCUCUCCCUUCAGCAUCCACUUUGACUCUCUGCCUCAGCUUGCAUGUGCACACAUGUACAGACUAGUGUUUAAAUAUACAAUACAUACUCACACGCACACCUUGAACAAAGAUAAUCAACCAGCACAAAAAUCCAUUGAACCACACUUGCCUUCUCUGUAAUGAUAUAUGUAAAUAUGCACACACACACUCUUAUUGUGCCUUUUAUGACGAGAUGAAAGUCUUCGCCCGGGGCCCAAUCCCUAGCAUGUGACCCGGUGAAUCACUUCUCCAGGCGUUGUGAGAUCUGUGCCCAUAUUUAUAAAGCGUCACAGAGUAGGAGUCCUAAUGUGGGAGAAGUUGCGCAGGACGGGGGACCCGCUCCUAGAUCAGCACUCCUACCCUGAAAAGCUUUAUUUAUACAAGCCCUGAUAAUCUGCCGUGCGUUCUAGGAGUAUAACGUGGAACGCCACCUGAUUCACAGCCAUAUGCGUCUGUCGCCCCCCGGAGGUCUGAAGGUGUCACAGCGGCUGUAUCCGCUUCGGGGUUUCCAGGGCAAGGUUGUGAGAGACGACGCUUUAGGUCAUGGGUGUCAAACUAUUUUUUUCCCGGGGGCCGCAUUCGAUCUUUAAUGAGGUCCGGAGGGCCGCACUGAGAAUCGGUUAUAUUUCCUCACCGUCAAAAUUUGCUUUUGGCAUUUUCGAUGCUCCCUGACUGUCUAGCUUUCAUUUUGGUGAUUUAUUGGUGAGCUGAACACUGUCAAGAAACUGUAUAAAUGUAGGUCCAUUUAAUCUUUACAGUUUUGAUUUGGUGUUUGUCAUUAUAAAGUAUAUGGAGUUUGCUGGAUCCCCCCCCAUCCAGCCGUAUGUUUAACACCCCUGCUUUAAAUCCUGUAAUUUGGUUCCUGGCUCUUGUAAUUAUUGUAAUUGUAUCCAAUUGUUAUUGUUUGAAAUUAUGUGCCUAUUUAAUUAUUUGAAUAAAGUUAGUUUUUUUAACCCCCCACCCCAUUUAUCCCCUUUUUAAUGCAAUGGUUGAUCUAUAAAGUUCUAUGCUGGAAGAAUUGUAGCAAUACCUCUUUGAUCAAGAGUAACAACUAAUAUUAAUGGAAGAUCUUAGCAUGGUUUGGCACUCAGGCUAGCAGAGUCUGUCAGUUUGUGCAAAACUCAUUGUCCCUCAUUUGCUUUACAUUGAGCAAUGGAGUUGGUAACAGUACAAACAGAUCUGGGACCAGGCUAUACCUCUGCCACCAAUGGAUCAAGUGCUGUGCUUCAUCUCAAUGUUAUUUCACUCAUUUUCAUUUGAACUGCCUCGUUGUCACCUGAGGCCUUACUGCCUGUUUCUUUGAAAGGGAAAAGUGGCUGUGUUGUAACAGCCUUGUCCCCAAAACGGCUCUUCUGUCAGUAACCUACUCAUCCAGAAAUGUCCCAUCAGUUUCUUUCCUUACUUUCCCCUAUAAAUAUUUGUAAGAAAAUGUCAAACAAAAUGUUAUGUUCUUCUGCAUUCAGGUAUACUUUUGGUCAGUUAUUGGUUUCCUACAGAGUGAACUGAACUGUUAUCCAAGGCUGUAUUUAAACCAAAGUGACACUGAAGGACUUCAGAGUGUCUUAAUAUUAGUCGAUAAUGCUACUGCUACAUUAUAUUUCUGUCUUGAUGCUGUUGGUUCAACACCAGUGUGGGGUUACCGACUGUAAUGUAAACUCAGCAACGGCCUCUUUAAGUUUGAAUAUGUCGAGGAACAGAGCUUGUUCUGUCUGGAUGAUUGUUUAACAUAAUAAGUGCCUUUUCUUCAGCAACAGAUUUGUUCUUUCUGUUUAAAAGUUAUAUUUGUAUAAUUCAUUAAACUCUUCAGUAAAA